CUGGCAGACUUUGCCUGCAUCAUCUCUGUGUGGGUGUGUUUGAGAGUGAGCAGUUGGUGAGGGAGGAGGGGUGUAUCCUAGCUGGGAGCUUUUCCCUCUUGUAGUAACCACCCGCAGAUCGACUGCCAGCCAUUACUUCAAUGCAGCAGGAGUCAGCCCCUUCGUACUGAGUGAGUCAGACACACUAACCUGACCUUCCCCUCCUCUCUCUGCUCUCCUCUCUGCAUAUUCAGCAGAGCUGCCCUCCUCUCCUCCUCAUCACUGUGCCACUCCUGCGGCGCGGCUCUUUGCUUGAAGGGGACGUUGGCCUGCUGCUCAACCACUGAUUCUGCAUGACUGUCUCAAAGAUGUCAUGGCGUCCAACCUACCGAAGCUCCAAGUUUCGAAAUGUAUACGGCAAAGUAGCCAACCGGGAGCACUGCUUUGACGGCAUCCCCAUCACCAAGAACGUCCAUGACAACCACUUCUGUGCCGUCAACUCCAAGUUUCUGGGCGUGGUCACUGAAAGUGCCGGCGGGGGCUCUUUCAUUGUAAUUCCCUUGUCCCAGGCGGGUCGUCUUGACUCUCAUUACCCGAAGGUGUGCGGCCACCAGGGCAAUGUACUGGAUAUCAAAUGGAACCCCUUUUUUGAAAACAUCAUAGCUUCCUGCUCUGAGGACACAUCGGUUCGAGUAUGGGAGAUCCCAGACGGUGGUCUGAGGCGAAACAUGACAGAGGCGGUUCUGGAGCUGUAUGGUCACAGCAGACGAGUAGGUCUGGUCGAGUGGCAUCCAACCACCAGCGGCAUCCUCUUCAGUGCUGGCUAUGAUUAUAAAAUACUGAUCUGGAACCUGGAGACCGGAGAGCCGGUGAAAAUGAUCGACUGCCACACUGAUGUCAUCCUGAGUAUGUCCUUUAACACAGACGGCAGCCUGCUGGCCACCAGCUGCAAAGACAAGAAGCUGCGAGUCAUUGAGCCGCGCUCCGGGAGAGUCCUUCAGCAAGCCAGUUACAAGAACCACCGUGUAAACCGAGUGGUUUUCCUGGGGAACAUAAAGCGGCUGCUCACCACGGGGGUUUCUCGCUGGAACACCCGGCAGAUUGCUCUCUGGGAUCAGGAAGAUUUGUCCAUGCCUAUUGCGGAGGAGGACAUAGAUGGCCUCUCAGGACUGUUGUUUCCCUUCUAUGAUGCUGACACACAUAUGCUAUACCUAGCAGGCAAGGGGGAUGGUAACAUUCGUUACUUCGAAAUCACCACAGAGAAGCCAUACAUCCAGUAUCUAAUGGAGUUCCGCUCACCAGCCCCACAGAAAGGACUGGGUGUAAUGCCAAAGCAUGGGCUGGAUGUGGCGGCCUGCGAGGUAUACCGCUUCUACAAACUAGUCACCCUCAAGGGUUUGAUCGAACCCAUUUCUAUGAUUGUGCCAAGAAGAUCAGAUACAUAUCAGGAGGACAUCUACCCAAUGACAGCCGGGACUGAACCCGCCUUGUCUGCCAGCGAGUGGCUGAGUGGGAUUGAUAGAGACCCUGUGCUGAUGUCCCUGAAGGAUGGUUACCAAAGACCAAACCAGUUAGUUUUUAAGGCCCCGGUGAAGGAAAAAAAGAGUGUAGUGGUCAACGGGAUUGACCUUCUGGAGAAUGUACCACCCAGGACGGAGAAUGAGCUCCUACGAAUGUUCUUUCGGCAGCAGGAUGAGCUGCGGCGACUGAAGGAGGAGCUGACCACGAAGGACGUUCGGAUACGCCAGUUGGAGCUGGAGCUCAACAACCUGAAAAACGUUAGCCCCAAAGACGUCUAACCUCCAAGCCUCGUGGACUGGCAAAGCUGCUUCCUUUGCUCCCAAUUCUGACCUCCAACGAGCUUCUGAGCCCCACCAUGUUCCUUUUAUAAACAAACUCCCAUUUUUGCUGCCCUGCAUAGAGUACAACAUAAAAACUGUUGGAUAAUGUCUUGACUGAUGUAACUAUUGGACUCUUACAGUAGUAUUUACAAAUAUUAUGUUGAAGAAGAGGCAGUUCGGGGAUUUCCAGUUAAAAAUGUGAUCGAUGAUUGGAAAAAGUCAGUACAUUUUCUGGUAUUUCCCAUUUUUUUAUGACUAUAGCUGUAAUCAGUCAGUAGUGAUAUAGCAUAUUUUCAACCCCAGCACAUAAGUAUAUGAGUCACUCUUCCUGACAUUUUCUUUGUGUGAAAAUGCCUUGUUAAAAAUGCAAAAAAAAAACUUCACCUAUCCUAAAUUAGUGACUAAAUCCUCUGCAUUUUCAUUUUCUGUUGAAGCAAAACUGGAUGAUGGAAAGACAGUCUCCUUACUAUCUUCCCCCAGGCCCUGCUGUUUGCAGUGAGCUGCAGCAUCAUCCCAGAAUAACAGAGGUGAAGUAGUUUCGCACCUGUCAGGUGGAGAAGACUUUUGCAGACAUGGAUCCUAUUUUUUUUCCCAAAAAGCUGCUUAUUCUGUAACUGCUUUCUUUCACCUGCUGGUGUCAUCUAUAAAACCACUUUUCAACACUGACUCAUAACUCUACAAUCCAGUCUUUUCCAGAGAACAGCAUCUAGUUAACUCUUGGUUUUUGACUCUUGUAUUAAAAUAGGGCAAAAGUAUCAGAUGGCAGACAUGUGUAAAUACUUACAUAUUAAGGGAGGCAUUGCUGCCUGUUUUUUAGGGGCCCAUUUAAAGGAUUUUGGGGGUUAUGUGCAUUUGCUUCUAUUUAUUUGAUACAUCUAACCUUUUUUGCUAACAACGUGCUUCCUUGUAAAUCCAAUUUUUUGUAUAAUGUGGCACAAGUAUUGACUGUGAUGCUGUCUAGAUAAUGCUGAAUGUGUGUGACUGAAUCGGUGUGACACUGAACCUUAAAUAGUAUUAUUUCUUUUUCCAACAUGACUUCAUAUGAAGUACGAAGUUAUAUUCUAUCCCUAACAAAGCAAACUGUAAUAAUAACCAUACCUUUACAUUUAAACUAAUUACAAGACUAUAACUGGGAUAUGUUUGCUUUUAGUUGUGUAACUUUGCUUUCAAGACCUAAAGUCCCCUGCUUCUAUUUCACAAGUAUCAUCAAACUUUGGCUAAACUGCAGUUUAAGUGCCUCUAUUUAUUGCUUUGGAAGGCCCUGUGAUUACACUUGAUUAGCACUAUUUUAACAGCUGGGUUUUCUAUAUGGGCUAAAUCACAUACAUCCUUUUGUUGUCUUUGACUUUGCUUCCUGUAAAACAAGGCAAAGAAAAAAGACAAAUCAACUAGAUGAAAGUAUAACAGGUAGGUUUGGAAUCAAGGACCACACACUUUGCUCAUCACACCCUUAUAGGUAUAUAAACGUCAAAUCUCCAGGAUGAGCCAUCAGUAAACUAAAACUUAGAAAUCUCAGACAUUAGAAUAUGUUGCAUGUGUAUUUUGUGCAGGUAUUAGAAAAGGCUGCAACAUGCUAGAUGUUGGAAGGGGAGACAGGAAGUUCUCAGAAGGUAGCUGAAUGGUAUUUUGGCUUUGAUGAUCUUGUUAAAUGCUAUAAACUUGAAUUUCUUUAACAAAUCAAUUAAAAGUGAGCCUGGUCUGCUGUGA